GGUGACGUGCGAGGGGGUUCGGCGCGAGCUGGCGGCGGUGGCGGCAGUGUCUCUGGGACGCGCGUGGAGGUCGGUUGCUGGGGACUGCUGGGCGCAGUUUCUCCGCCUGGUGCUUCAGCGCGGCAGUGCCAGCGAACGAGCGAGCGAGUCCACGCGAGCACUCGGUGGCGCUCCCCUCUCCACGCAACCUCCGUGCACUGACCGCGCGUCCUCCCGCUCGAUCGCUUCCCCCCUCCGCGGCCUCGAGGCGCUUUCCGUUGGGCCUGAUCCCGCCCGCUUCCUGCUGCUCCCCUUCGAAGCUCCAGAGAUGAGUUUUUCCAUCUCUUCAGAGAUGAACCAGAUUAUGAUGCAUGAUUAUCACAGAAGAAAUUCAUGUCUAUAGCUUUUAAGGACUUGAUUACAUCAUUUCCAAGCCUGAUAGUUUUGGAAUCACCAUUGGAGCUUAAAACACCUCUGCCUUCACUUCAACCAACCGUCUUCAUACCUCAACGAAGCGCUGAGUUUUAACACUCCUUUGUCUUGGAUUAUUUAAGAAGUCCCAGAAGUACAUUUCUCACCAGUGUAGUAGCCAAAUUUAUAAGGAAAAAUGAUUCCCAAUGGAUAUUUAAUGUUUGAAGAUGAAAAUUUCAUUGAGUCUUCUGUUGCCAAAUUGAACGCCCUGAGGAAAAGUGGCCAGUUUUGUGAUGUUCGACUUCAGGUGUGUGGCCACGAGAUGUUAGCGCACAGAGCAGUCCUGGCUUGCUGCAGUCCCUAUUUAUUUGAAAUCUUUAAUAAUGACAGUGAUCCUCAUAGAGUUUCUCAUGUUAAAUUUGAUGAUCUCAACCCAGAAGCUGUGGAAGUCUUGUUGAACUAUGCCUACACUGCACAGUUGAAAGCUGAUAAGGAAUUAGUAAAAGAUGUUUAUUCUGCAGCCAAAAAGCUGAAGAUGGACCGAGUAAAGCAGGUUUGUGGCGAUUAUUUACUGUCUAGAAUGGAUGUUACCAGCUGCAUCUCUUACCGAAACUUUGCAAGUUGUAUGGGAGACUCGCGUUUGUUGAAUAAGGUUGAUGCUUAUAUUCAGGAGCAUUUGUUAGAAAUUUCAGAAGAGGAAGAGUUUCUUAAACUUCCACGGCUAAAGUUGGAGGUAAUGCUUGAAGAUAAUGUUUGCUUGCCCAGCAAUGGCAAAUUGUAUACAAAGGUAAUCAACUGGGUGCAGCGUAGCAUCUGGGAGAAUGGAGACACUCUGGAAGAGCUGAUGGAAGAGGUUCAAACCUUGUACUACUCAGCUGAUCACAAGCUGCUUGAUGGGAACCUACUAGAUGGACAGGCUGAGGUGUUUGGCAGUGAUGAUGACCACAUUCAGUUUGUGCAGAAAAAGCCACCACGUGAGAAUGGCCAUAAGCAGAUAAGUAGCAGUUCCACUGGAUGUGUGUCUUCUCCAAAUGCCACGGUACAAAGCCCUAAGCAUGAGUGGAAAAUCAUUGCUUCAGAAAAGACUUCAAAUAACACCUACUUGUGCCUGGCUGUGCUGGAUGGUGUAUUCUGUGUCAUCUUCCUUCACGGGCGGAACAGCCCACAGAGCUCACCAACAAGUACUCCGAAACUAACUAAAAGUUUAAGCUUUGAGAUGCAACCAGAUGAACUGAUAGAAAAGCCCAUGUCACCUAUGCAUUAUGCACGGUCUGGCCUGGGGACGGCAGAGAUGAACGGCAAACUCAUAGCUGCAGGUGGCUAUAACAGAGAGGAAUGUCUUCGAACAGUUGAAUGCUACGAUCCACGUACAGACCAUUGGUCCUUCCUUGCUCCCAUGAGGACACCAAGAGCCCGAUUUCAGAUGGCUGUACUGAUGGGCCAACUCUAUGUGGUUGGUGGGUCAAAUGGCCACUCAGAUGACCUGAGCUGUGGAGAGAUGUAUGAUCCGUACAUAGAUGACUGGAUUCCUGUUCCAGAAUUGAGAACCAACCGUUGUAAUGCAGGCGUGUGUGCUCUGAAUGGGAAGUUAUACAUCCUUGGUGGCUCUGAUCCAUAUGGUCAGAAAGGACUGAAAAAUUGUGAUGUCUUUGAUCCUGUAACAAAGUCAUGGACAAGCUGUGCUCCUCUGAACAUUCGUAGACACCAGUCUGCAGUCUGUGAGCUUGGUGGUUAUUUGUACAUAAUCGGAGGUGCAGAGUCUUGGAACUGCCUGAGCACCGUAGAACGUUACAGUCCUGUAAAUAACACCUGGACUUUAAUUGCACCCAUGAAUGUGGCUAGGAGAGGAGCGGGAGUAGCUGUUCUGGACGGAAAACUAUUCGUGGGCGGUGGCUUUGAUGGUUCGCACGCCAUCAGCUGUGUUGAGAUGUACGAUCCGACGAGGAAUGAAUGGAAGAUGAUGGGAAACAUGACUUCACCUCGGAGCAAUGCUGGGAUUGCAGCUGUGGGGAACACCAUCUACGCAGUGGGAGGGUUUGAUGGCAAUGAAUUUCUGAACACCGUGGAGGUCUAUAACCUUGAGUCCAAUGAGUGGAGCCCCUAUACAAAGAUCUUCCAGUUUUAACAAAUUUAAGAUUUUUUCAAACUAACAGGCUUAGUGAUGUAAUUGUGUUUAGUAGAGGUACAUUUGUGAAUAAGGAGGGUGGGUGGGUAUAGAGGUUGCUAACAGCAACACAAAGCUUUGCAUAUUGCAUAUUAUUAAACAUGCUGUUCAUACUUUGUGUUAUUGGGAAAGGAAUGCAAAGAUGAAGAUCUGUUUUGUGUAUUUUUAGGACUACUUCGUUAUUUUACUUUUUGGAAGUUGAUAUUGUAAAAGAAUAAACCAAGAAUUGAUUGGGAACACCAUUUCAAGAAGUCCCCUCUCCUCCACAUUUGUUUUGGCAAUUUGCACAUUAAAUAACUCUUUCCUCAAAUGUGUAUUAGGCAAGAUGGGGAAGGGUGUUAAGAUACAGGUUGCUGGGUUUUUUAAGAACCCUUUUUCAAUAACUGGAAACACUCUAUAACAAAAGAGACUUAUUUAACUAGAUGGCAAUGGCUACUUUUGUUCUUAUUAAAAGAAAGCUGAUGUGCCUACCAAGAUUUAAUCUUUUAUGAUUGCCUUUUAUAACUUUUUAUACUCUCAGCAGAGUGCUUUACCUGUUGAAGGUGUGGGUCCAUGUUACCAGAGCAGAGCGGCAGCCUUGAAGCAUGCAGGGCGAAGUGUUUCUUUACACACUUAGGGUUCAAAUUUCUAAGCAUUUGCCUCAGCUACAAUUUGUUUUUUGAGAAUGAAGUACCCAUGUUUAUUUGAGUGGAACUGCUGAACAAGUAACAUAGCUUUAAUUUUUAUUUGACAUACCAAUUUUAAAUAAUAUGACUUUUUGAGGGUAUAUUAUAUAUAGAAGACACUUAAUAUUCAACAGUAAAGAACAGUGAAGUAUUUUCUCUUCUAAAUAAUUCCUGUUUUUAAUCAUUAACAAAACUAAAUGGCAGCCCUAGACUGUGAAAACAAUUAAACUACAUUGGAUUUAUGAGUGCAGCCAUUAUGAGAACUGUGUUUGUUCAGUUUUUCUGUUCAUAUGGAAGAA